AUGGAUGAUUUACAUCCAUCAGAUUUUAGAGAAAUGAGAUCUAAGUCAAAAGGGGACUUUGACAUUGCAUAUUCUGCUGUAAUGGGCACCGGCUUGGAUGGCUAUUUAAGGAAAUUUAUAAUUUUGUAGUCAGGGGUUUGGCUGUGCCAAUUUUAGGGCAGACAAAUCAUAAAUCAGUCACUUAAGAAAUUUUUUAGUUCUCACGGGAAGCUCAAACACUCUUAAGGAACAUGACAAUAAUUCACCUGAUCACUCCUCGUAUUCGUUUCCAAUGAAAUUUGGACAAAACUUUCAAAAACUUCAUUGUUAAUUUUACAGUUGCAAAUUAAGUAUAGACAUAAAUUGCAUGUAGCAUAAGCUAGUUUAGGCAAGUUGUGUGGAUAGAACAAAAGAUUGAUAAUUUAAACCAGUAGUAAGCUUCCAGUAUUAAUGACAAUCUCUUGAAUACUAGCUUGCCACAGUAAAUGUUACACCUAUCUACUCUGUCAAUAGUAUCAACUAUAUGUAUAGUGGGGUCACUUCACAUCUCCCUAAACAGCAGAGAACACAAAAGUUAAUUCUUACCAUCAUUCUCAAUUAAGAAAUAAAAAUCAAAGGAUCAAAGCACUUCUGGCAAAGUGAAAUGUAAGUCGAACUGGUUUGAAGGCAUUUUAACCUGAAAUUCGUUUUUAAAUACGACAGAAAUACCUAAACAAAGAGUUCCAGCCCCUUAUCCAUUUGUUGUAUCACUUGUUUCAUAUUUCAAGAACCAGAGAAAGUUUGAUAAUAUUAAUCUUCGAAUCUCAUGGUACACUUCGACUCAAAAUUUAUUUCGCAUGGCAGGAGUAUUCUACUGAAAUAAACAAGACAGAAUGAAGCUGAUGCCAUUCGUUUCAAAUAACACAUGAAAAUGAGAAAAACGGCACCAGUUGAAACUCAUGAGAUGAGGCCCACGCAUUUUUUUGAGGUUAAUGAAAUGGUUAGACAGAAAGCUUAAUAAAUAAAUAAUGAGCUGACAGUGGUAAGAGAUUUGGGGGCCAUGUGAUAAAUAAUGUGAAAACAGGUUUUUGCCUUCACAAAUAGACGGACGGGGAACAACCCGAUAGACUUCUUCUGGGAAAAGGUUUUCCUAGGGGCACUCGCUGGCUGCGGAAAGGUUGGGAUCUAUUAUGGUUGUUGACUAUCCUUGAGACAAUGACUAAAAACAACAAAGUUGGCUCCGACGUAGAUUUAUUCUGCAAGCACAGCUAAGCUGACUGUUUUUGUAUUUUCUUUGAGCAAAGAAAGCUUUACAAAACAACUCUAUUUUAGCCUAGGGUUCAAAGGGUUAGGUAAUGCUGUGAAUGAUCUAAAGGAUCACUUAAUCUGAUACAACGAUUGGCUAGGCAGGAAUUUCCCCUUUUACAAGAUUAAUCGUUUUUAGAAAGCUCAGGUGAAUAACAACUACACAAAAGGCUAUGACAGGCGACGGUUACAGUUUGACACUAAUUACUGUUAUGAUCUAAUAACAACUGUUUACGACUGACUGUAUUGGAAAGCGUAGCAUUUAAACAUUGCUGAACUUAGCAAAAUCUCGCAGUUUCUUUGUUGAAUAAUAUAUAUAUAUAUAUUUAUUUAUUUAUUUAACAACUUUAUUGGGUACGUCUACAAGCUCAAAAUGAAUACAUAUACAAGGAAAGAGACAAGAAAUGGAUAGACAUACGCCAAAAGGGUCAGUGCGAACGGGACAUGGAGUCCCAUGCGGGGCACUACCCUUAAUAAAAACGAAAAAUAUAUAUAUAUAUUUAGCGUUAACACAAAAACUUGAUGACUGAAAAUCCUAUUGUUACAUUCCUCCCACCUUAUAUAGAGACCUCCUGGUUGAGAGAAAAAACAGAAAGCACAGUAAAUCAACAGGGAAAGAAUCAUUAACAAGGAACCUAAAAGCACAGCAAAGAAGACGUAGGACGGUUGUCUUUUUUGUUUGUUAGAUUGUGUGCGUUUGUUUUUGAAUUUUGUAUUUGAUUUUUUUUUGUCCCUGAACCGCGGCAGAAACCGAACAAGCCAACAUAUAAUGACCUCGGCGGUUCAAAAGAAACAACAAGCAAGUACAAAAAUGGAAUUAAGUUGAUAAAUGAGAAAAAUGAAGAGCAGUUCAAAAUCAUGACAUUUAAAAAAAUAUCACAGCGUACUACUGUUCGUGGUUUUAUUGUUCCUCGACCCAAGCGGCUAAGGAGACGACCUUUUCCAGCGUUUCCGGAGUUACGCGUUGGUCUUGGUCUGGUAACAGCUGACGGAUUGCCGGGGAUCCCAGGUCUUCUGGAUUCUUCACUUCUGGCGCGUACUAGGGGAGGAGAGUCGCAACGAAACGCGAAUUGUGUAGACCUUUCGUCCAGACGCGAACUGGUGGGGACGGUAGAUGCGUUUUUGUCAGCCAAGCCAGUUGCACCUGGCACAGGGCCCAGCGUAGAUGGCACAACGCCUUGUACUGAGCGGCUCCUGGAGUAUCGAUGGAGUGACCAUGGCGUUUUUCUUGUGUCAUGCAGGUUGUCAAGUUGUCCCAAGGAAGAUACGCGAGGAACGCAGUGUGGUAGGUUUGUGAACACUGGAAGGAGACCUUUAACGAAACCACGGCCAUGGCUUUUACGGUAA